AUGCUUUGCCUUGACAUACCCGUUCCCCGCUGCGUCCAGAAUCUUGUGCUAGAGCCACCGGUUUGCUGGCCAAGAGAAGAGGACAUCAGAGUUCUGAAUCUCAUCCAGGGGUUCGGCAAGGAAUUUGCGCGACCGAAAAACGAAAUUGAACAAACAUGCAGCCUCGCUUCUGGCCCGUCGGACUUGGUCAUCAUUCUGGAGCGGCCGUACAAAGAGCAGACUUACGACGGGACCUUUGGCGAGUUUGUGAAGCGAUGCGAGACGCUGAAGAGAGUUGAUGAACUCAUCAGUUUCAGCUCCAAGGGAGCUCGGAGCAUUCAUACUGUCACCGUCCUUGACGCAUUCUCUUUCAAACCCCAGCAGGCGACACCUAUUCCUUCGGAGCGAUGCCAUCAGCUGAUUGAGGAAAUCUUGAAGCUUAAAAAGCCCAAAGUUGUUCUAUGUUGUUGGAACCAAGAUUGCGAACAGCCAUUCAUCGCUCAAUUCAAGUCGCACGGAGUCGGCACAUGGCCAUUUCGCGACCAAGUGGAUAUAGAAGGCAAUUCUACAAUCGCAAUCCGGUCAUUUCAUCCAGCUGCGGCCGUAUGCUACGAUAAAUCGCGAAAGGCCUGCUGUCGAAUGCUCCUUCUAUGUCAUUUUGCCUUGGCAUUUGGCGAAUUGGCCGGUUCAACCAUUGUCCCCGAGUGGAUACACACAAUCUGCGACGACAGCUCUAUGGAGCAUGAAAAGAAUGGAUCUAGAGAUCCUGGCAAUUUGGAGAGCACGCUCAUCAUGUUAAGCAUCCUGCGGCAGAUAAGGCGAGGCAAGAGAGAGCCAAUACAAGUCCAAAGCUUCGAGGGCGUCCCUGCUGAAUAUCAGCGCCAGCAGGUAAAUGCGCUGUUGAGACAAUUAUUCGCCUCAGACUACAACAAAGGGGCCCGAGAUAUCGCAAAGCUCUGUCUUUUAUGGAAGGAUUACAACCAUCCUGCACAACAAGGCAUACUGGGCCGACUUAUUGAGCUUGGAAGCCGGCAAGGCUCGUUCCAAGGCCAGGGGGCCGUCUCAGCGUUUUCGCCGGCUCGGAAAAGCUACUACGUUGGGUUUGCAGAUGAUGACGAUGAUGCCGACCUUGAGAAACAGCUUGGUUCUCUAAACAUUCAUGAAAACGCAUCGUCAGUUGACGACGAACUUGUGACUCUCGCACGGCUGCAAACGCGACUUUCCAGUCAGAAAGCGCUCCUUGGAAGGCUCCAACACGUCGUAACUGAGGCGUUAUCCCAUGUUCAGCUGAGCGUCGAGCUUCAAAUUACUGUUUUCAGCCCUGAUAGAAUCGAUCUCUCGAAGGCCAUUGCGGAAUUAGCAAGAGACAUGUAUCGCCACGUGGGCGAGGUAACAGGACUAAUCAUGGCAACACCAUCGAUACUAGCGGGAGAAGAAGGCCUGGUUCACCACGAAGAACAGCCGAGGAGAUCCUUGGCCCAGUAUCCCAAUGCUCGCAGUAUCGUGGACUCUGUUAUCCUGGAAGUUGAAACCUUAGCAAACCUGGCAUUUCGCUGUCUCUUGCUUUUUUCAGGGCUACUGGCCCAGGGGAGGAUCCUUUUUAGCCCAUCACAGGAUUCGAAUGACGACGUGACGGAAGCACUUUUCGAACUACCGAACAAUCUUGAAGACCAGUCCGCGGGUAUCAAGUCAAGUCUCAACACUUUAGUGAUCCUUCGGGAGCAACUGGACAAUCCGAACCACCUAUUCAAACGCGAAAGCCGCGCCAAGUUACCACACAAGGACGAAGGUCGUGGACUCUACGAGCAAGUUCGGAGACAGGCUUCAUUGCGACACCCCCCAUGCUGAUAUACGGUCGAGAUCCUGACAGGGUAGGGGCGAGAGGUUUCCAAGGUUGGUUCUCGACGACCUUCCCGAGGAUUGCAGCGCUCGCCAAGAAAUCGGCUCCGUUAUGAGCUACCGUAGUACUAGAAAUGUGGGUUGAAGUAAAGAAACGAGAAUCCGGGUGUGGAAUUGACCGCUCGUUUGUUUUGACCACUCGUAUCAUGUACGUUAGUAGAUCGCGAUACUUGGGUUUUUUUCAUGGGCUCUACCCACAGCUGUGAUGAUGAUAUUAUCACAAUGUGGUGGUGAAGGUAGGAGAGAUUGCGAGCGGGGCGGCCGUGUUAGUCCCUCAUCAAUUACUCCGU